AUGACGUGUAAACAGCCAAACAUUCCACCACCGCUUCAAAUUCCGCCUUCUCGAGCGCGUCGCCAGUUCGCCCUCCGCCUAGCUCAACGGAAAGCACAGCUCGAAUCAACACGCGAGGUCGAAGAAGAUCCAGACGAUCCAUCAGCCCCAAAGACGCAAGAACAAGAAGAGCGCGAAGGCCACCAGCGAUUUGCCCGCAUGUUCGAGGGCAUUGAAGACUCAUCCGACGAUGAUAGUCUGCACAGCAUCGAAGGCAUGGGCGAUGACGAAGACAGCAUUGUAGGUCGUAUUGAAGUUGAGGGCCAGGAAGUGGGUAGCCGAAGUCCGCAAAAGUUUGGCAGUCCAGAGAAGGAUAGGGCAGGCGGUGGUGGUGUGGAAAGGAAGGACAGCGGUGAUAGUGAGCAGUCAGUCGUUGUUUAG